AUGUGUCUGUGUGCUUCAGAGUCUGGCUUCAGCAGCAGCACAGAAGACGAAGAGUUGUCAGGCUGUGAGAGUGAAGGCUCCCGCAGUGAAGGCUCUGGCUCUCGGUCCCCUGCAGCUCCUGGAUCUGCAGCUCCGGCUCCAGGCUCUGGGUCUCCCUCUAGUGGCCGGCGGCCGCGCACUGCCUUCAGCAGCCAGCAGAUCAGCAGUCUGGAGCGAGUCUUCAAGAGAAACGCGUAUCUGGGGGCGCAGGACAAGGCAGAGCUCUGCAGAACACUCAAACUCACUGACAAACAGAUCAGAAACUGGUUCCAGAACCGGCGCAUGAAGCUGAAGCGGACGGUUCAGGACAGUCUGGCUCAGGCCUGUCAGGUGAAGGUGGCGUCUCAUAUGAUGCAUUAUUCAGAUCUGCACAGUUUCAGAGCUGCUCCAUAUCCCAGUUUCUACCCAGAGUCUCCAGCAGCAUUCGCACCCGCGUAUCCCAUCAGCCCCGCGGCUGAGAGCCUGUAUUACAGCAGCUACCAGAACCUCCAGGGUGUCCCGAUACACCCCUGCCAGUAUUACAGCACACACUGACGGAUGACACACAGCGGGACGCCGUGCAAUAAUGAUAGUAACAGUACAGGACUGGCUUUAUUGUGCUGAGGAAUUAUUUAAAUAUGUAAAU